UUCACCUGAGCUCAGUUUGAAACAGGUCUUGUCUUGACACAGUACUCAAGCGUGCCGGUGAACCCUAAAGACUUUCCUUCUCUCUCUCUCCAAAAAUGUCUCUCUCCUCUCCCUCUCUAGACUCCAAGCCACGAUUCGCCGUCGGAGCUCCACGUCACCACCGCUAUCCACCGCCCCACCACCCCCGUACCUUCAUCCCCUGCUCUCCUAAGCGUCGCACCAUCUCAGCGUCACUAAGUGUCACCACUGACUCAGCCGCCACUAAGUCACUCAAACGAAUCGAAUCACUGAGUCAAGUUUCAGGCGUCCUCGGUUGCCAGUGGGGAGACGAAGGCAAAGGCAAGCUCGUUGACAUAUUAGCACAACACUUCGACAUCGUCGCUCGCUGUCAGGGUGGAGCUAACGCUGGACACACGAUAUACAACUCUGAAGGGAAGAAGUUUGCUCUUCACCUUGUGCCUUCAGGUAUACUCAACGAGGAUACAACUUGUGUGAUUGGCAACGGAGUUGUGGUUCAUUUACCAGGUCUCUUCAAGGAGAUUGAUGGUUUGGAGUCUAAUGGUGUCUCUUGUAAAGGAAGGAUCUUGGUCUCCGACCGUGCUCAUCUCUUGUUUGACUUCCAUCAAGAAGUCGAUGGGCUUAGAGAGUCUGAGCUUGCUAAGUCCUUCAUUGGGACGACUAAGAGAGGGAUUGGUCCUUGCUACUCUAGUAAAGUGAUAAGGAAUGGGAUUAGAGUUGGUGAUCUCAGGCACAUGGAUACUUUGCCUCAGAAGCUUGACGUUUUGCUAGCGGAUGCAGCUGCGAGGUUUUCAGGGUUUAAGUAUACUCCGGAGAUGCUUAGGGAAGAAGUUGAAGUGUACAAGAGGUAUGCUGAGAGGUUGGAGCCUUACAUAACCGACACUGUGCAUUUUAUGAAUGAUGCGAUUUCGCAGAAGAAGAAGGUUUUGGUUGAAGGUGGUCAGGCUACAAUGUUGGACAUUGACUUUGGUACAUACCCUUUUGUUACUUCCUCUAGUCCAUCAGCUGGUGGGAUCUGUACAGGUCUUGGUAUUGCUCCGAGAGCCGUUGGUGAUCUAAUUGGAGUUGUAAAAGCAUACACUUCAAGAGUUGGUUCAGGUCCGUUCCCUACGGAAAAUUUGGGGCCAGGUGGUGAUCUUCUAAGGUUGGCUGGACAGGAGUUUGGGACUACCACUGGUCGUCCUCGCCGGUGUGGCUGGCUUGACCUUGUUGCAUUGAGAUUCUCUUGCCAGAUCAAUGGUUUUGCGUCACUUAAUCUCACUAAGCUUGAUGUACUCUCCGACCUGGAUGAAAUCCAGCUUGGUGUGGCUUAUAAGAAGAGUGAUGGCACCCGUGUUGACUCUUUCCCUGGUGAUCUUCGUCUUCUUGAAGAACUGCAAGUUGAAUAUGAAGUCUUGCCUGGAUGGAAGUCUGACAUAUCCUCAAUCAGAAACUACGCUGAUCUUCCAAAGGCUGCACAGCAAUAUGUUGAGAGGAUUGAAGAACUAGUAGGUGUGCCCAUUCAUUACAUUGGUAUGGGGCCUGGUCGUGAUGCCCUUAUAUAUAAAUGAUUGUUAGGUUAGGCUUUUUUUUUUCCUCAGACCUACAAACUUGAUGGAGCAUCAAGUUAUUACUCGCUUUGUAUCUGUUGCAUUGUUUCUUGUAUUGGAAUAAAGAUGAAACUCGUGCGUUAAGCAGUGAGUUUGCUGAAUU